AUAAAUAAAACCGAAGCAACUAUCCCGCAACUGAGAAUCUCCGGAACAUGGCUAAAAAUCCGAGAGAUUCCUCACCGCCGGCGAGCCUAACGGCGGAGAUAGAGGAAGUCGAGAAGGUGUUCAAAAAAUUCGACACUAACGGCGACGGUAAAAUCUCCUUAUCGGAGCUUGGCGGAAUUUUGAAUGCUCUCGGCACCAAAACGACGCCAGACGAAGCAAAGCGAAUGAUGCUAGAAGUUGACACCGACGGCGACGGUUUCAUCGACUUGAAAGAGUUCGCUGCAUUUCACUGCCCCGUUGAAAGCCCUAACACUGUUAAUAAGGAUCUCCGUGAGGCUUUCAAUUUGUAUGAUAAGGAUAAGAACGGGAAGAUUUCGGCGGCUGAGUUGCACUCCGUUUUGAAGGGCAUUGGAGAGAAGUGUUCGCUUAAGGAUUGUCGGCGUAUGAUCAGUUCCGUUGAUGAUGACGGUGACGGUAGUGUUAACUUUGAGGAGUUCAAGAAGAUGAUGUCUAAGGCUUAAUGUCUCACUCUGCUUGUGGAAUUAACGGUAGGAGUUUAAUUGGAUUGAAUCUCGUAGAUUAGUAGAUAAAUAUCGCCGUUUCGUUAUAUUUAGUGAAACUGUUAAUAGGGAUUCGAUCGGACUAAUUUGAAGUAAUCGAAUAUCAUCUUUUAUUCGUUA